CGCAGUCUCUGUCAUCUCCUGUACUAUGUCCGCAGUCUCUGGUCAUCUCCUGUACUAUGUCCGCAGUCUCUGGUCAUCUCCUAUACUAUGUCCGCAGUCUCUGGUCAUCUUCUGUACUAUGUCCGCAGUCUCUGGUCAUCUCCUGUACUAUGUCUGCAGUCUCUAGUCAUCUCCCGUACUAUGUCCGCAGUCUCUGGUCAUCUCCUGUACUAUGUUCGCAGUCUCUGGUCAUUUCCUGUACUAUGUCUGCAAUCUCUGGUCAUCUCCUAUACUAUGUCUGCAGUCUCUGGUCAUCUCCUGUACUAUGUCUGCAGUCCAUUGGUUCAGAAUAUUUUUUUUUCUUGUUUUCCUCCUCUAAAAUCUAGGUACAUCUUAUGGUCAGGUGCGUCUUAUGGAGCAAAAUAUGCGGUAGGUCCGCUGAUGCUAGUUGUCCUGUGCAGUCUUCUUCAUCGUCCCUGCUGCUCCGGUGGUUUCCAGGGCUCGGGGGAU